UAGUUAGUUAUACCAUUAACAAAGGCUUAUUUCAUAGGAGAGAGAAGGAACAAAGUUUCAGUAUACUAUUUCGGAGUUCGUAACAUACUCUUUCAACGCAUUGAAUGCGUUGGAGUUAACUAACCAUUUCCGAGGGUCUAGCAAACAUUGCCAAUACGUGCGCUACUUUUAAAAUACCAAAGUCUAACAGUAAAAGGAAAGGAUUUGUUUCAAUUAUGAACGCGAAUCACAAACGACUGAGUGCAGUUUUGAUCAUUUUCACCAUUCUGACACCGCAACUGGAAUCCAAAGAUGCGGCCACUGCCACUGCCAGACUCAGAGACAUCUUCAAACUGGACUCCCAACUAGCCAGUCAGUUGGACACGUUCUCCCUUCAGCUAGCCGACCUUCAGAAGCAAAUUGACCAAGUAAGAAACGACGGACAACUAAAACCACUCUCACAGAUUUUGGAAAUCGACGACGAAAACUCUGAGGAAAACUUCAAACACCCGACAGAUCAGGUAGUGAUAAUCAAACGAUUCAACGACAAAUGGAAAUCAAUAAGAGCUGCUCUGGAUUUCAAGAAAGUGGCAGAAUCGCUGCAUUAUCUGGACGAUGAGUUUUCAACUCGCAGAGAAGACAUGCAUGAAGCGAUGGCAGGGAUAAUACGUUUGGGGGAGACAUACCACAUCCCAGCGAGAAACUUCUCAGAAGGAGUAAUCAAGCAAUUUCAUUCGAGACUCAAGUUCGAUCAGCCACAAGAUUUAUUCGAAAUGGGCGUUGCCGCAUUCGACCUGAAGAAGUAUAAAUUCUGUGCAGAUUACUUCAAACUGUUAGAGACGAAACUGGAGUCGAACAAAAAUGCAGUCUACGAAACGAACAUCUGCCAUGAAGUCAAGUGUGAACAUCCGAAACAUGGGGAGCUUCUAGCAGCUGCAUACGACUAUCACCACUUCUGUGAAUACGCAAUGGGAAAUUACGCAGAAGCUGUUCAUUUAGCCGAAAAAGCAUUGAAUCUAAUGGGCCACGAUGAGAGACUGGAGAGGAACAUUGAGUUAAUUUCGGGAUACCUUCAACACGAGAAAUCGGAUGAAUUGAAAUCAAACGAGACUCAACUGCCACCUGAAACAGAGUUAUGUCGAAUGGGAGCUUUUCCUACUUCCAAUUUCAGCAAAAAGCUGAAGCCCAAAACGGGUGGUUUCAAAAUAUGGUCAAAAUGUAGCUUCUCCACAAAUCAAAACCCGUCAUUGAUGAUUCGUCCCGUGAAAACUGAAGUGCUUCUGGAGAAACCCUACAUCGAAUUCUGGCACCAAUUUCUCACGGACAACGAAGUGGAGAAACUCAAAGAUUUGGGACUACCUGAGCUGGCAAGGUCAACUGUCGCUGGUGAUAAAGAGUUCGUUCACGCUGAGUACCGAGUGAGCCAAUCGAGUUGGUUCCCAGACUCAUUGAAUGCUGUGGUAGCAACAAUAUCCCGGCGGAUACGAGAUAUGACCAAUUUCACAAUGGAGACCGCAGAAGCUCUGCAGAUAGCAAACUAUGGAGUCGGGGGUCAGUACGAGUCUCAUUACGACUUCGCUGUGGAAUCGGACGAAGAGGGAAUCCCGGAAGCAUUCUUUGUCGACGGCAACCGAGUGGCCACAGUCCUCAUGUACCUCUCUGACGUCGAACUAGGCGGAACGACCGCUUUUGUCGACAUCGGAUUAAAUGUCACGCCUGAAAAGGGCGGAGCCGUGUUCUGGUAUAACUUAGAAAGAGAUGGAUCUGGAAUUAUGGAAACCAGACACGCUGCCUGCCCAGUGCUAAUUGGAGUUAAAUGGGUCGCAAAUAAAUGGAUUCGUUACAAUGGCCAACAAUUCGUGUAUCAUUGCCCAGCUUAGAAAAAAAAAUUAUUUAGAAAAUUGAUCACUGUUGCAAUCACCCCUCGUGCUAGAAAGUAGUGUGGCGUAACGUAACCCCUUGAAGUAUUGUUUUAAAAUUCAUUUCAACCGUGAUAUUGUUCGGAACAUUCAGUGCUACUUGCACAGCAACCCGCCGUC